AUGACGACGCCCCCUCUCCCUCAGCCUACAUUUUUAACUCUCUACCCUCUACCAACUAUUCCGCCAACGCCAUGCAUAGAGUUCCUCGACAAUAAUGUUGCACCACCAGAGCGACAAUUUGCCGCGAUUCUUACAUCGAUUCGAAGCGCGGAGGACAGCAUGCACGCUAUUGACGCAGAAUUGACUCGUUUGAAGGUGGUGGUCGAUCAAUACAAGCAACGCCGACAAGAGCUCGAAGAGUUUGCCCGUGUCCAUGGAGCAGUAGUCUCUUCGUUCCGCCGUGUGCCACCGGACGUUCUGGGGGAAAUAUUUCGUCACGCGUUGCCGGUGGAUGGACAUGGGGAGAAGGAUUUGGCCAUACUGGGGAAAAUUGGGGCGGUCUGUCGCCAAUGGCGGAAUGUUGCGGUCAACACACCACUUCUAUGGUGUCGCGUCAAUGUUUCUCUCCUACCUGGCGCACUUGGUGACCUCUUCAUCCCGAAACAGUUUCGCCGGGCUGCGCUUAAUAUCGAGCGCUCGACCACUGCCCCCCUCAAAAUACACAUAAACGCUUCCGAAAGGCCGUUGGAUGGUGUUGCCAUGGUCCACAAACUUUUCGACCUCCUCCUCCUGGAAAAUGCGUCCCGUUGGAAGGAAGUGGACCUCAAAAUCACGCCCAACCAUUUGGGCUAUAUUGCCACACGAGGAAUGUCCUUUUCCUCAGUUACAUCCCUGUGCCUCAGCGUGUCUGGUCGCCAAAGAAUCACUCACAAAUCCGCCCGGUUUUUUGCCUCUCUCGUUAGCUUGACGGAGCUUGAGCUGGGCUUCCACUCAAGCCUGACGGUUAAUCGCCAGAUGGGAAUACCCUGGGCCCAGCUCCGCAGUUGCAUAUUUGUCAAUUGGCCGUUGAAAAAAUUGCUCUCCACAGACGUGCUGCCUAUGCUUGCUCCAUUCUGUCGCCUGACACUGCGCCGAUGCCGCAACGGUGACUCCCCGUUCACUUCGUUGCUGUUGCGUGUCUCCUCUCUCUAUAUCGUCAAAUGCUCUCCAGAAGUAGUCCGUCGCCUUCUUCAGAUUUCUGCAAUGCCCCACUUGAAAAAACUGGUGAUUCGUAAACCGUGGGCUCGCCAGUGGGCUAUCUUUACAGAUGACCGGCCUUUUUGCGAUCACGCGGAACAAAUUACUCAAUUCCUGGAACGCUCCGAGCAUGAACUGCAUCUCACCCAUCUUGGCAUUGCAUUCACGAGUGCUUCGUCGCUGCCCGCUUUUGAACGGCUCUUGAAGAUGCCGGCAGUUUCCUCGGUUUCCAAUCUCGAGCUCUUUCUGCCAGAUGGACGUCGGCCAUUCCCACUUGCAGCUCAUGCACCACAUGUGGCUCUGGCCCACGUUCCUAUUCAGGUCCACAGCAAGAUCCUCAACCGACUGGCGGACAAUCCCGAGCUACUUCCGGAGCUGGGUCUAUUGCGGCUGCUUGUCCACUCCCCGUUCGACGGCAAUAUCCUUCUGCGGCUCACCCAGCACCGUCAGAGGCGUUUGCGGCAAAUAAUUAUCGAGAAUGCGUCUGCUAUGGCUUCCUCCAAGUUCUUGACGGACAUCGUCCCACCAGAGACAGUAACGGUGUUACGGAAGAGAGGUGUAAAGAUAGCACUUAGUCGCAGCGCAUGGGCCGACGUAUGA